AAGUUAUCUUGUUCCCCCACUCCCAAGGAUUAUAUUGCCUAUAAAUUCCUAGAGUUGAUGCACAACUUGUCAUCUCAUGUUCAUAAUUGUUUUCACAACAUCGAAGACAUGGAUUUUAAAAAAAAAAUCUAUUCUUACAUGGCCAGCUUUAUAGUAAUGUUUUUUGCUUGCCAAGACAAAUACUUCACUGCAGCGUCAACCUCUUUAAGUCUCGUCACUGACAAAGAGGCCCUGAUUUCAUUCAAGUCUCAGAUAAAUAUGGAAUCUCCUCAUCCUCUGUCAAGGUGGGACAUAGACUCGUCCCCUUGUAAUUGGACAGGGGUUGUCUGCGAUGAACAUCUCCAACGGGUCACUGGGCUUGAUCUUUCUGGCCUUGGACUUGAAGGUACUAUAAGCCCUCAUAUUGGCAACCUCUCUUUAAUUGCAUCAAUUCGACUGCAGAAUAAUCGACUGACAGGAAUACUUCCUAACGAACUCAGCAAUCUCAUUCAUCUUAGAGUUCUGAACAUGAGCUUCAAUAGCAUUGAAGGGAUCAUACCACCUAACAUAAGCCAGUUCAGGAAUCUCAGGACCCUUGAUUUGAUGCAAAAUGAGAUUUCAGGAACAAUUCCUCCUGAGAUUAGCCAACUCCAACAACUCCAAGUUUUGAACUUGGGAGGAAACCGUAUCUCAGGCAUCAUCCCGCCCUCCAUAUCCAACAUUUCUUCCCUCAUUACUUUAAAUCUUGGCACCAACAUCUUAGGUGGUCCUAUUCCGAGUGACUUGGCUAAACUUAGAAGACUGAAACAUCUUGACUUGACUAUCAACAAUCUCACUGCUUUAGUCCCUCCGCCUAUCUACAACAUGUCCUCGCUAGUAUCAUUGGCACUAGCUUCCAACACACUGUGGGGUGACUUACCUAGUGAUAUAGGAUUAACGCUCCCAAAUCUUCGCCUCUUCAAUUUUUGUUUUAACAAGUUCACUGGCACAAUUCCAGGGUCAUUGCAUAACCUCACAAAAAUUCAGGUCAUUCGCAUGGCACAUAACCAUUUACAUGGACAUGUACCACCAGGGCUGGGAAACCUACCAGAACUGCUCAUGUAUAACAUUGGGUUCAAUAGAAUUGUAAGUUCAGGUGAUGAUGGCCUCAAUUUUCUUCAAUCCUUGACAAAUAGCACCAAAUUGAUUUUUCUGGCUAUUGACUUCAAUCUUCUAGAGGGUGUUAUUCCUGAGUCUAUUGGCAAUCUUUCCAAGUCUCUGUCAAAGUUGUACAUGGCUGGAAAUCCUAUUUAUGGCAGCAUUCCUUCUUCUAUCGGUCAACUAAGUGGCUUAACCUUGCUUAACAUAAGUUACACUUCAGUUUCUGGUAAAAUACCACCAGAAAUAGGCCAGCUGAAGGAACUGCAGUUGUUGGCAUUGGCUGGAAAUCAAUUUUCCGGAACUAUACCAUACACUUUAGGUAAUCUCAAAGCACUUAUUAAGAUCGACCUGUCAGAAAAUGAGCUUAUAGGAAGUAUACCAGAUAUUUUCAACAACUUCCAAAAUUUGCUUUCCAUGGAUUUGUCAAAGAAUAAGCUCAACGGAAGCAUACCAAAGCAAGUCCUCAAUCUCCCCAGCUUAAGUGCUUUUCUUAACCUUUCUCAUAACCUUUUGUCUGGUCCUUUGCCUGAAGAAGUUGAUUCUCUAGAAAGUGUGGUCACAAUUAAUCUCUCUUACAAUCGUCUUUCUAGUCAAAUCCCAACCUCAAUCAGUAAGUGUAAGAGCUUAGAGCAAUUAUUACUUUCCCACAACAUGUUUUCAGGACAAAUACCAAGUACUCUAGGAUUAGUGAAAGGUAUAGAAACUCUUGACCUCUCCUCAAACCAACUAUCUGGUCAAAUACCAUUUGAUCUGCAGAAAAUGCAAGCGUUACAACUGCUGAAUCUCUCUUUCAAUAACUUGGAUGGAGAAGUUCCAAUGAAUGGGGUCUUUGCGAAUUACUCGAGAGUUCACUUGGAAGGAAAUAAAGAGCUCUGCUUUCAGUACUUGGCAUGUAAGCAUACCAGCACAUCUCAUAGAAGAAGAUUGUUCAUCAUCUUUAUCAUGGUCGCUGUGAUCGCAAUCGUUGCGAUGCUUCUGGUAAUUGGGUUUGUCCUAUACAUAAAAAAGAAACAUACAAAAGUACCGAACAUCCCUUCUAAACCCUUCAGCUGGGAGCAUCAAAUGAUCUCUUAUGGUGAGCUUCGUCUAGCAACAACAAAUUUCAGCGAAGAAAAUCGAAUUGGUGUUGGGAGUUUUGGACGUGUUUACACAGGGUACAUAAAAGAAGGGAUAACUGUUGCAGUUAAGGUCAUUGACACUGGAAUAAGAGGAUCUUGGAAGAGCUUCGUGACCGAAUGUGCAGCUUUGAGGCAUCUGAGGCAUAGGAAUCUAGUAAAGCUUAUUAAUAUUUGCUCAAGCUUCGAUUUCCAGAAUAAGGAAUUUCUGGCCCUAAUUUAUGAAUUCAUGAGCAAUGGGAGUUUACAUGACUGGAUCACUGGGAAAAGGACAUCUUCAAAUGGAGAGGGCUUGGAUAUUUUCCAACGACUUAACAUUGCCAUUGAUAUUGCACACGCAAUAUGUUAUUUGCACCACGAAUGUGAGAUCCCAGUUGUGCAUUGUGAUUUGAAGCCUGACAACAUUCUUUUAGAUGAUGACAUGACUGCAAAAGUUAGUGACUUUGGUAUUGCAAAAUUGAUGAUGGAAGCAAAAGGCGAUACUAUAACAUCCAUCAGCUCCUCACAUGCACUUAAAGGUUCCAUAGGCUACAUACCUCCAGAAUAUGGGCUGGGAGAGAAGGUUACUAUUGCUGGAGAUGUCUACAGUUACGGAAUUCUUCUACUAGAACUCUUUACAGGAAAGAGCCCACUUGAUGAGAGACUCAAAGAAGGGUUAAACUUAAAGAAUUGGGUGGAAAUAUCUUUUCCUGGCAAAAUAGAAGACGUGUUGGACGGAAAGCUUCUCUCCCGCAUGAAACAUGUUGGCCAUGAACAUCAAUUUGUUGACACAGAAAUUCAACUUGACAGUUCGAUCACUGUUAUUGGGGUUGCCCUUUCUUGUGCUGUUGAAUCUCCAAGCGAACGCAUAACCAUAAAGGAAGCUCUUCACAAAUUGAAAAGUGUGAAAGAAAUUCUUCACAAGUCCUCUUUUUGAACUAUAGGCACAAUAUUAUAGUAAUUCUUUUUUAGCUAUAGCUUACUAAAGUAUAAUGUGUAAAUUUUACUUUGGAUGCUACUAAGGUAUUUGUACUGUAAUGUAGUAAAAAACCGUGAGCUAUGUGCACGC